UUUACGCCUUCGCGGCGGUCCUCGUCUGUUGGGUAGGGUGGGGGUACCAAAUGUCGUUCGGACACAAAUUCAUUCAUUUCCUGGGCAGACCGAACGUGGCAUUGGACCAGAAGUUCCUGCUGAAACAGACCUUUUCGGGGAUGUUUCCGAACGCCACGAUGGUGUUUUUUCAGUUUGUUUUCGCGGCGAUUACGCUGAUUUUAAUCGCGGGGGCUUUGUUAGGGAGGAUGAAUUUUUACGCGUGGAUGAUGUUUGUGCCGAUUUGGAUGACGUUUUCGUAUACGGUAGGAGCGUAUAGUAUAUGGUGUCCGGAUGGUUGGUUGUCGAAGAUGGGAGUCAUUGAUUACUCCGGUGGCUUUGUCAUUCACCUUUCUUCUGGUGUUGCUGGUUUCACUGCUGCUUAUUGGGUGGGACCAAGAGCAAGCCAAGACAGAGAGAGGUUUCCGCCAAACAACAUACUGCUGAUGCUGGCAGGUGCGGGGCUAUUAUGGAUGGGGUGGACAGGAUUCAACGGUGGAGAUCCAUACGUGGCAAGCAUAGACGCAUCUCUGGCCGUCCUUAAUACGCACGUGUGUGCAGCCACCAGCUUGCUGACGUGGCUACUCCUUGAUAUUCUCUUCUUCGAAAAGCCUUCUGUCAUUGGUGCCACCCAAGGCAUGAUCACCGGCUUGGUCUGCAUCACCCCUGCUGCCGGAGUGGUGCAAGGUUGGGCAGCCAUAAUAAUGGGAAUUCUAUCAGGAAGCAUUCCAUGGUACACUAUGAUGGUCCUCCACAAGAAAAUCUGGCUACUCAAACAAGUAGAUGACACCAUGGCCGUCUUCCACACCCACGCCGUCGCCGGCAGCCUCGGAGGCCUCCUCGCCGGCCUCUUUGCCGAGCCCCGCCUUUGCCGCCUCUUCUACAUGGUCGACAACUGGCAACACUACACCGGUCUUCUCUAUGCCUUCCACGCCGGCAACGUCGGUGCUGGCUUCAAACAACUUUGGGUUCAGAUUCUGGGAAUUGGGUUUAUCAUCGUUUUGAAUGUUUUCAUGACUAGCUUGAUCUGUGUUUUGAUUAGGUUUGUUGUUCCUCUGAGAAUGUCUGAGGAGGAACUCAGAGAAGGGGAUGAAGCUGUACAUGGUGAACAGGCUUAUGCGCUGUGGGGAGAUGGAGAGAAGUUCGAGAACUCGAAAUUUAACUCCGUUGGUGGUCUUGAUGAUCUUCCUAGAUCGAAAGGUGAUAUUCAAAUGGUGUGAGACUCAUCAUCCUUGCUUGUCAGCUGUUGUUGAGUGCACUAUUUGAGAAUGGCUUUAUUCUGGUUUGGGUAUGAAUAAGGAAAGAAAAAUUAUAAGUACACACAAUCUUGAAUACAACUCUCUUAUUUGAGACAUGUCUCCGUAUGUGAUCAUAUUCUGUGCAUGUAAAAAAACUGAUAUGAGAAUUCAUUUCGAAUUUUAAGAUUCUGUCACUUCGACAUUUCU